AUGCGCUCUAACUUGCUACUCGUCCUUUUCCUUUGUGGACUUCAAACAGCCGAAGCUUUACAAAAUCUGCAGCUGCCAAAGGUGUUCCAAAUGUUUCAGUCAAAAGAAGCUGGCGUCAUCCAAACCGAUCAAACCACCUCUCGAGUAGAUCUUGAAAAGGAGCUCAUCCGAUCCAUUAGCAAUACAGAAUACGGCAAGUCUGCCAGCCUAUCGAAUCAAAUCGAGGUUUUGAAUCGAGUUUCACAGCUGGAAAGUGAAUUCCCCGCUCCCCCAUUGCAGAAUAUAUUAGAAGAUGGAAGCAUUGACGGGACAUGGUAUUUGCAAUACACAGCUCCAAGUGAGAUUGAAGCUGAUGGAAUCGACGGGGACAAACUUAAAUCCUCUUGGGAAGUCAAAGACGCAGAAGAAAAUAUUACCACAAAACGAUUUGAAGCAAAGGGAUCGGUUUCUGCUGGAGGCAUAGAUGUCGAUGUUAGCAACAAGCCACCAAAGCAAAUAUUUGAUCUAUCGCAAAACAGUGUGUACAAUGAAGUCGUCCUCCCAAAGGCUUUUGUUCGGGUUGGUGGCUCCUUUCGUCUUUCAGAAAACAACGAGAAACGUGCUAUUGUGUCGUUCAAUCAAUGUACAAUUGAUUUGAAUUUCAUCAAACUAGAUCUGGGGUUUCUGUUUGGAGUCAUAGGAUUCUUCAAAGGCACCACUGAAAAUGGGUGGUUAGAAACUACGUAUCUAUCUGACAACGUCAGAAUUGGAAGAGGAAACAAAGGAUCGAUGUUUGUCCUGACACGAGAUGAAGGAUCUGUGGCUCCAUAA